AUGGAUGGAAUGAAUUCCGGUCGAGUUAUCUUGAUUAGUGGAGGAAAUGGCUUCAUUGGAAGUCACGUGGCAAAGUAUUUUCACAGUCAAGGCCACAAAGUUUUCGCCAUAGACAUCUGUGAUGAUACGACUUUUCGUCGAUAUCAAAAUGAAGACUCUUAUUGCACAAAACUUUAUAAAGUUGAUCUCAGAAAUCUAUCCGAAUGCCGAAAAUUCGUUAAACUCAUUAGUCCAGGUUGGAUAUUCCAUUUCGCUGCAAACAUGGGAGGCAUGGGAAUGAUCCACUCAAGGAACAAUUUCGAAAUCUAUAGAGACAAUCAUAUCAUGACAAUAAACCUUUUACAGGCUGCUAUAGAAGUUGGUGUAGAAAGAUUUUUUUAUUCGUCGUCAGCUUGCGUAUACCCUUGUAAAAAACAACUUGACGCGCAUGAUUUAAAUCUAAGAUUAAAAGAAUCUGACGUCUGGAAUUCGUCGGAUGGUCCAGAUCCCCAAGAUUUUUAUGGUGCCGAAAAACUGAAUUCCGAGAUCAUGCUAAAAAGUCUUAGAUCAGACUCUAUUAAAAUCCGAAUCGCAAGAUUUCACAAUGUCUACGGAGAAGGUGGAUGCUGGUAUGGCGGUCGAGAGAAAGCUCCCGCCGCAAUAUUAAGGAAAGCUAUUAUUGCAAAUAAAUAUAUGCGCAAGAAUACAAUGGAAAUUUGGGGAUCGGGCGAGCAGAGACGCAGUUUUUUAUACAUUGAAGAUUGUGUUGAAGCGAUUGUCAAGUUGAUGGAAAGUGAUUGCGAGGAUGCAAUUAAUAUCGGUUCUGAGGAAUCCGUCAGCAUUGAGGAAUUGGCGUACAUCGCCUUCAGAACACUUGGCGUUCCCAAAGAGGAGAUUACCUUAAAGAGGUUGGAAGAUAGACCAAUAGGAGUCAUAAAUAGGAAUUCUGACAACACGUUUAUUAAGGAAAGGCUUAGGUGGUAUCCUAAACAUACUAUUCGUGAAGGAAUGAAAAAAACCUCUGACUGGAUUCAAGAUCAGAUCCAAGAAUGGUGUCAUAGUGAUGUGGAAAAGCGGAUCGAGUCAUACCUCUCAAGUGAGGUAAAAUUUCUCGCGCAAGACAAUCAAUUCCCUGAUAUCAUCACUUUCGCUAUAUUACUCCCUAUAACUUCGCGUGGAUUAUCGAAGCCUGAAGAUUGUCUAAACAACCUUGCAAAAUUUUCAGCAAGUCUUCGUAAUACCUCUUUCAAAGAUUUAUACAAAAAAAACUUUAAAAUCAAAAUUUACUUAGGAAUCGACAAAGAUGAUAAGUUAUUUCAUCCACUCGAGGAUAAUCCAGCUCUGAAGAUCCUUGGUGAAAAUCAAUCAUUAUGGGACAUUGAUACAACCGAACUUACUCAUCCACCUGGUUCGAUUUGUGCGCUUUGGAGAGAUUUAGCCAAGAAAGCAUACGAUGAUAAUUGCGAUUAUACAAUUCUUUUAGGUGAUGACGUAAUUAUCGAGACCAAAGGAUGGAUGAAAAAAAUCAAUGAUGCCUUUGUCAAUGUAUCCAACGAAAAGAAGGUUCCUCGUGGAUUCGGAUGCAUCUCCUUCUUUGAUACCUCGUUUCCUGGAUUUCCAACAUUUCCAGUAAUCGGACGUCCGCAUUUUAAAAUUUUCGGUGAAAUUUUUCCGGCAAAGUUUCAUAAUCAAGAUGGUGAUCCGUACCUGUUUCAAAUUUAUCGACGAUGGGGAAGUUCGAUACUAUUGGAAGACGUCAAGCUUCGGAAUACGAUAGGUGGCAGUAAUCAUACUAGGUACGAAAAGAAAUACUGUCAAGAUUGGGGUCUCGAAAUCCUGGAUGAGGCAGUGAAAAAAGCAAACCUGUGGUUAUGCAGAAAUUUCCAUACUCCACCAUUAACGUUACUCACACUGGACAUUAUUGUCCCGAGUUACCGCGUCAAUUUAAAUUAUUUGGAAAAAAUCAUUAAUUUAAAAAGACCGCCGACUAUUUCAACCAUGGUCAUUAUUAUAAUAGACAAUCCAAAUUCUUCGUGUGCUAGUGCAUUAAAAAAACUUUACGAGAAAGAUCCAUUCAUAAGAAUCAGGGAAAAUGAAGGCAAUCUAGGAGCGAGCGAAGCAAGAAACCGAGGUUUAAAAGAAUCAAGUUCAGAAUACGUCCUUUUCUUGGAUGAUGAUGUAACCCCGGAUCCCGACAUCCUAUUCGAAUGCGAAAAUGUCAUUCGAAAGCACCCUAACGCUUGUGGAUUUGUAGGAAACUCAAAAUUUCCUGAGGCAAGUGACAAAAUUUACACUUGUGCUAUAGUCAUGUCUGGAGUCACAUAUUUUUGGGAUAUAGCUGAAAAGUUUGAGAAAGAUUUACCUUGGGGCGUCACCGCAAAUCUACUUGCCCGAAGAUAUAAUGACGGUGUUUUAUUCGAUUCCACUUUUCCCAAAACCGGUGGUGGCGAGGACAUCGAUUUUUGCCUGAAAAAAAGAAAAUUCUUUAUUGAAAAUUAUCCCGGAGGAGAAGGAUUCUAUGGUGCACCAAACGUCAAAGUCAUUCAUCCUUGGUGGAAUAAUGGUAAAAGAAGUUAUUGGAGAUUCUAUGGAUGGGCUAAAGGAGAUGGCGCGCUGGUAAAGCUAUAUCCCGAAUUAACUUAUCGAGACGCAGCUCCGAACAGUGCGGAACUUUUUUUUGGACUGAUUUUACUUUUUGUUUGCACAAUGCCAAUUGCGGUUUUUUAUCAUGGUUCAUUUUUAAUUAUUGGAUUGUUCCUUUUAAUUCUAUCAUCGAUUACAAUUGUAAUUGCGAAUGUAAUUGUCGAUAUUCAUCUUCACAUGUAUGAAGACCCGGGUGGGUAUGUUCCAAAUGUUCGGGGGUACCGUAGAAUUCUAGCCUCGGCUGAAUCUUCAUUGAUCAGACUCUCAAGUGAAGGAGGAAGAUUUAUGGGUCUAAUCGAAAGGAACGAAUGGAAAUACAUCAUGAAAAGAUUUGACUGGUUCGUCAAGAGGGGUGGUGAUGGUCCCAUGUUAGACGAAAAGUGGAACACUUGUAAAAGAUUUUUCACUUGGAUCACAUUAGUCAUCCUUGAAAUUAUGAUGUUUGGAUAUAUAAUCGGUUUUUAA